AUGAAUACUAUUGAGAGAUUCUAUUUCGUGGUUUUAAUUCUUUUGAUUACUCUAACCUUAGCAAUAAUAGAAGGCAGAACUCAUCACCAAAAUCAAAUAAGAAAAGCAAAUACUGAAAAUGAUCAGAAGAGAGCAGUAAAUACUAAUAAAAGAAGUAGUUGUAAUACAAAUAGACAGAGAGAUGGUAGUAGUGGGUCAAGAAGAGGUGGUAGCAGUGGAUCAAGAAGAGGUGGUAUUAGCAGUGGAUCAAGAGAAAGACCAAAAAGACAAGAAAAUUGUGAUCCUUUGUAUCAGUACCUAUUUGGAAGUUGUGGUUCAUCGCCGCGCCGUCGCCCUGUAGCACCACCACCUUCAUCACCUCUUCCUCCCCCACUAAUAGUUCCUUCUCCACCUCAAGUUGUUCCAGUUUUCCCCUUUCCUCCUGUGGUUCAACCACCGCCAACUGUUGUCGCUCCCCCGUUAGUACCAUCACCACCACCACCAUUGAAAUCACCACCAAUUGUUUCACUGCCACCUUUAGUACCCUCACCACCUCCACCAGCACAUUCACCACCAGUAAUACCACCCGGUGUAAUAAUUCCUCCCCCAUUACCACCUAUUUCAUUUUUUCCACCACCAAUUAUACCACCCAGUGUUGAAAUUCCAACCCCAUUACCACCACUUUCACUUUUGCCACCACCACUCAUACCACCAGGUGUUAUAAUUCCUCCCCCAUUACCACCUCUUUCACUUUUACCACCACCGCUUAUACCACCCGAUGUUAUAAUUCCUCCCCCAUUACCACCUAUUUCACUUUUGCCACCACCAAUGUUCCCAUGGUUAUCUCCACUAUCUGAUGAUGGUGGUGGUGAUAUUAAUCAACGAGAGUCAUUAGUAUUUUCACUGCCACCGUCUUUUUCUUUACCCCCACCGUCUGAUGGUGAUGAUGAUAUUCCACGAGUCAAAAGUAUUUUCACCACCACCGUCUAAUGAUAAUGGCGGUGCUGAUAUUCCUCUAGAGCCAUUACUGUUUUCUCCACCAUCAUCAGAAGAUGAUGGCAGUCCUCUUACGCCAGUUUCCCCUAUAUCCUCAUCACCUCCUUAACCACAAUCACCAGAUAUACCAAUAUUUAGUACACCAGAAUGUAUUCGUUGAAGAUGGAGGAUAUGUAAAAGAUUCUGUUA